AUGACUGUUGACUCUAGGACAGGUACAGGUCCAUACAUGGGAGGUGGAGCAGAAGGGAAUCUGAAAGAAUCUUUGAGAUCAAUCGAUCCCAGACUCGUAAAUAUCCGUUCCAAAGUUGUGGACUCGUUUGAGUUGAUUGAUCAGGAUUAUGUUUUGGUAUCUGGUCCACUAGGGGAUACUUCAUCUGUAUCAAGUGUUAGUAAAGUGAGCCAAAAACCAUUUAAAUCAGGAAGCCCACCUGUACAUUCUAGGGUGAACAUUCAUUCAACACCUAGUGUACCUUUACCCAUCAUUGGUGGGACCUGUAGUAAAAUCCGGUUGACCGGGAGCUUUGAAAGUCAAUGCUAUGCACCCUCUGGAACAUCUCAUGGAUCGGUUGAUAUAGUUGAUGCUUUAGAACAACCAUCAAUUGACAGCAUGGCAAUAAUCAAGUCAUUGCUAUCUCUGACUUGGUCAACGAGAAGGUGUGUCGGAAAACAUUUUAUACUUUAA